AUGAGCAGCCACGUUCGUGAUGUCAUCUCACAAACUUCAUUUAGUUCGUGCUUUUUUUGUGCCUCCAGCAAGCAUCCAAAAUUACAAUAUACCACCAUCUAUUCCUCUAAAGCAAACUCUUGUUCAUCUGCCAUUGACUUCCAAUCAUUGCGAGGAGAUGAGAACAUGAAUUUUAGGCUUUUGGUUCCUACGCAAACAAAGAUUCCUGAAAUCAAAUGUAACAUUGGGCGUGUUUCUUGGCAACAACGCCGUGCAUCAGCUGGAUUAUUUAUUGGAUUAUUGGUUUGUUUUUCAACAUCUGGAGCUGCAAAUGCUGAAGCACCUGAGUUGAAGGAUAAUAAGGAAGGCGAUUGUGAUGCUUCAGCAGCCCACUAUUCACAUGGGAAAAAAGUGUAUACUGACUACUCUGUGAUUGGCAUACCUGGAGACGGAAGAUGCUUGUUUCGUUCCAUUGCUCAUGGAGCUUGCUUGCGAUCCGGAAAGUCUGCUCCAAAUGAGAGCCUUCAGAGGGAACUAGCGGAUGACUUGCGAGCUAUGGUGGCUAAUGAAUUUGUCAAGAGGAGGGAAGAGACAGAAUGGUUCAUCGAGGGUGAUUUUGACACUUAUGUUUCACAAAUAAGGAAGCCUCAUGUGUGGGGAGGUGAACCUGAAUUGUUGAUGGCUUCACACAUUCUCCGGAUGCCAAUCACUGUUUACAUGUAUGAUGAGGAUUGCGGUGGCCUUAUAUCCAUUGCUGAGUACGGGCAUGAGUAUGGCAAGGACAAUCCCAUUAAACUCCUCUAUCAUGGCUUUGGCCAUUAUGAUGCAUUGCUCAUUCCCGAUGGUGUCUCUCUGUUAGCACUCAAAGCAGCCAUUACAGAUGAUCCAAAACAAGCCCUUUCAAACUGGGUUGACUCAUAUUCAACCCCAUGCAAAUGGGCUGGAAUCACUUGUGAUGACAUCCACCAUAAGGUUAGCUCCAUUGAUCUUUCCAGCAAGAACCUCACGGGCUAUAUUCCAUCAGAGAUUGGUGCACUUUCUUUCCUCACUUUUCUUGACCUAUCGGAGAACUUUCUUUAUGGGCCUUUGCCACACCGGAUCACUACCCUGCAAAACCUCACUCACCUUGACUUGUCUUCAAAUAAACUCAAUGGUUCACUACCUCAGGGCUUAAGUAACUUAACCCACUUGAUAGGGACUCUAAAUCUUUCAUUCAAUGAGUUUUCCGGUGAGAUUCCGGCGAGUUUUGGCAUUUUCCCGGUUAAGCUCAGCCUGGACCUCCGGCAGAAUAACCUCACCGGGAAAAUACCUGAGGUGGGUUCACUCUUGAACCAGGGACCCACUGCAUUUUCUGGGAAUCCAUAUCUUUUGUGGGUUAGGAGAAAAUGGAGGGUGGCGGCUGACGGCAAAACUGGAAAUGAAGAAAAUGUGGGUCACGAAGUCAGGUCCGAGGAGGAGCAAAAGGGUAAAUUUGCUGUGGUGGAUGAAGGUUUUGAAUUGGAAUUAGAGGAUUUGUUAAGGGCUUCAGCUUAUGUGGUUGGCAAAAGUAGAAGUGGGAUAGUGUACAAAGUGGUGGUUGGCUGUAGCGGAGCAAAGGUGGUGGGUGGUCCAGUGGCGGUGGCAGUGCGGCGGUUGAGUGAGGGAGACAACCCGAGGCGGUUCAAGGAGUUUGAGGCCGAGGUGGAGGCUAUUGGUAGGGUCCACCAUCCCAACAUUGUCAAGUUGAGGGCUUAUUACUAUGCCAGUGAUGAGAAAUUGUUGGUUUCUGAUUUUAUUCGCAAUGGAAGCUUGUACACCGCAUUGCAUGGUCGCGUGCUUCUACGCCAUCCAUUUUCAGGUCUAGUUGAUUCGGCAGGAGGACCUGCAAAUUCGCUGCCUCCACUCUCGUGGGCAGUAAGAUUGAGGAUAGCUCAAGGAGUCGCAAAGGGUCUAAUGCACAUUCACGAGUGCAGUCCGAGAAAAUAUAUCCAUGGGAACAUAAAAUCGUCAAAAAUCCUUCUUGAUGACGACCUAAAACCUUAUAUAUCUGGGUUUGGACUAAAGCGUCUUGUCUCAGGUGCCUCAAAAUCCCUGAAUUCAGCUUCCAGAAAGCAGCAUCCAUGCCAAGCCAUAGUAAGUCCAAAAGGUUCAUCUUCAUCAUCAAUGAUGUAUAUUGCACCCGAAGCUCAAGUUGCAGGUAGUAAGUUCACGCAAAAGUGCGAUGUGUUUUCUUUCGGGAUCGUGCUUUUGGAGAUUCUAACUGGUCGAGCCCCAGAUGGGGUACCGGACAAUGAUGGUAAGGGGCUAGAAGGCCUAGUUCGGAAGAUAUUUCAAGAAGAACGACCACUGUCUAAAAUUAUAGACCCUGCACUUUUGCACGAGGUUCAUGCGAAGAAAGAAGUUGUUGCAGCAUUCCAUAUUGCACUUAGUUGCACAGAAAUGGAUCCUGAGUUUCGGCCUAGGAUGAGAACAGUUUCUGAAAAUCUCGAUUGCAUCAAAUCGUGGUAA